GUGCCGGCGCUCCGGUGUCACGUGACAGAGGUGAUGGUUACUUUGCGGCUGCUGAUGUGACACGGCGAGCCUGCAGUCGCUGCCCCUGGUUAGCGAGUUUGUUGACUUUUACAUUUACUCGUUCCUCCAUAGAAUCAGUGAGGUGACCCGAAAAUGGACAACAGCGGGAAAGAAAAGGAAGCAAACGCUUUAAUGGCCGAGGCCGAAAAGAAAGUAAAAUCGUCUCAGUCGUUUUUUGGAGCGUUGUUUGGCGGAUCCUCGAAGUUGGAAGACGCCUGUGACAUGUUGGUGAGGGCGGCCAACAUGUACAAAAUGGCCAAAAAUUGGUGUGCUGCAGGAAAUGCGUUCUCCCAAGCUGCUCACCUUCACCUGCAGAUGCAGAGCAAACACGAUGCAGCAACUAACUUCAUAGAUGCUGGAAACGCCUUCAAAAAAGCAGAUCCACAAGAGGCAAUAAACUGCCUAAACCGAGCUAUUGAGAUAUACACGGAUAUGGGGCGUUUCACCAUUGCAGCCAAACAUCAUAUCAGCAUUGCUGAAAUUUAUGAAACAGAGCUGGUGGACGUCGACAAGGCCAUUGCUCAUUAUGAACAGGCAGCAGAUUACUACAGAGGUGAAGAAUCCACCAGUUCAGCAAACAAGUGCCUUUUGAAAGUAGCAACCUACGCAGCUCAGCUGGAGCAGUACCAAAAAGCUAUUGAGAUCUAUGAACAGGUUGGAACCCAUGCAAUGGACAGUACGCUCCUGAAAUACAGUGCCAAGGAUCACUUCUUCAAGGCUGCACUCUGUCACUUCUGUGUCGACCAUCUGAAUGCAAAACUUGCUGUGCAGAAGUAUGAAGAAAUGUUUCCGGCCUUUUCAGACUCUCGAGAGUGCAAACUGUUGAAGAAACUUCUAGAUGCCUGGGAAGAGCAGAAUGUGGACGCCUACACUGAUUCGGUGAAGGAAUUUGACACCAUUUCUCGGUUGGACCAGUGGCUCACCACCAUGCUUCUCCGCAUCAAGAAAACCAUACAGGACGAGGAGAGCGACCUUCGCUGACUCUCCUUCCUGCUCGUCUUUAAGGCCUCAACAAAUAAUUUGAUCCUUCUUGUUGCCUCAAGCCUCUCACUUCUGCUCCAGCAGCAUUGUUCCCUGACCAUUAGCCCUUAUGUUCCUUCACUGUGUUUCUUUCCUGCCAUCUGCAGUUUUUCCUCAGAUUUUAUCCACACAGUAAAAUGCUCCAAAAACAUGGUGGUCCUCUUAAGUUUGAACACUACCUUCCUGAGUGCAGGCUGUACACAGUAUGUAGCUUAUUGUUAUUAAUUAGGUAUUGGCGCAAUAUUAAUUAUUCAGAAUUGGGCUGCAAUACCAAAUACUCAUACCAGCACACUUUAUAAUGAUAAAGGUUUUUAUUAUUUUCUGGUAACAGCUGAGAGGACACCGACUCACUAACACUUCGCUCUAAACUGUGCUUUAGAAUAACCAAAAUGCCAACGUUGCGCUCAGAUUUGCGUUGUUUAUCUUGAAUGCUCACCUGUAGCGUUUUGUCAAAGGAGGGCGCCUCUAAUUAAAGAGCCCCGAUCUCAGCCGCUGAGGUCCUUCUGAGGUUUCUCCAUCGGAAACAUCCCCCCUCUGCCUUAUGAUGCAAAUUUCUCAGGAUGUGGAGAGCUAGAUUUAAUGAAGAUUUAAAAAAACAAAAAACAGGCUUUUAUAAGCUGUAGUAAUUAAUUUGCUAAUUGUUUUUGUCACUUCCAAUAAAAGUGCUUUUAUUCCAUGAACGAAGGUGAAAGAUCCCUCUGUGAACAUUUGCGUGGUCUGGAUGGUGAGGGAUGUAGACCAGCUGUUUUCCACCUGUAUCAGAGUGUGGUGGCUUUUUGUUUUCUUAUUGUCUGAUUUGUGUUUUGCUGUCUUAAGUAACCAGGCUGGAUUAAAAAAAAAAAAUCUAUUUUUAAGGCCUACAAGAGAUGCAAUACAAUGAAGAAAAAAUGAGCUUUACUGAUCUGAACACUGUGCUCAUGUAUCCUGACUUUUUUUUUUUUUUUUGGUUGACGAUUGUUA